CGCUAUCAAUUGCGAUCAUGAUGAGCUUCUCAUCGCUUAUUGCCAGCCUAGGCCUCGGCCUCGCUGUCGUUUUCGUCAUCAAUGGCGUCUUGAACGCGUCCAAGAGUGCUAAGCGCCCUGCUCGGCCCCCGGGCCCCAAAGGCCUUCCUCUUGUUGGAAAUUUGAACGAUUUGCCCAAGCCAGGCGUACUCGAGGCACACCACUGGCUGAAGCACAAGGAGCUAUACGGUCCGAUUAGCUCCGUAACGGUGAUGGGACAAACCCUGGUGAUUAUCAACGACGCUCGAAUCGCAUUUGAGCUGUUGGAGAAGCGGUCGGUGAAACAUUCAUCGAGACCGAGGCAGAUCUUCGCAGGUGAAAUGCUGGGCUGGGAGAAUUCCCUUGGACUAUCUCAAUACAAUGAUCGCUUCCGGACUUACCGCAAGAACAUGAGCCGCAUCAUCGGCUCCAAACCGGCGGCGGCGCAGUACAAUAUGCUGCAAGAGGCUGAAGUUGGCCACUUCUUACUACACGUCCUGGACAACCCGGAUGGCCUCGUCGAUCACAUCAGAAAGGAGGCGGGCGCGGUCAUAUUGAAGAUCGCGUAUGGCUACACGGCAGAACCGUUCAAGAAUGAUGUUCUUAUCGACAUGGCUGGCGACGCUAUGGAUAAGUUUGCGCGUGCUGGUGUUCCUGGUGCCUUCAUGGUCGAUAUGAUGCCGUUCUUGAAAUACCUCCCUGAUUGGAUCCCUGGAACUGGGUUCAAGAGAAUCGCCCGACAAUGGGGAGCGGAGCUCACCGAUGUAACAGAGAAGCCGUAUGCUUUCGUCAAGCAUCAGAUGGCCCAGGGCAAAGACGACUCGUCGUUUCUCUCACGGUUGCUAGAGGCGGGUGACUCGAGCCUCGAAGAGAGGUUCACCAACAAAUGGUCAGCCAUGUCUUUGUACACCGCAGGAGCUGAUACGACUGUGUCAGCACUUGCAUGCUUCUUCUUAGCAAUGACAGAGUUCCCGGAUAUUCAGCGAACGGCACAACAAGAGAUUGAUCGAGUUGUCGGCCACGAUCGACUGCCUACCGCUUCGGAUCGUCAGAAUUUACCAUACAUCGAGGCCAUGGUGAAGGAGGUUCUCCGCUGGCAUCCCGUGGCGCCAAUGGGACUUCCCCAUACAAGCACUGCCGAUGAUAUCUGUGAAGGGUAUCUUAUUCCGAAGGGAUCCAUGCUGUUAGCAAACGUCUGGCACUUCACGCAUGACCCGGAUGUCUAUGAAGAACCCAUGUCAUUUAACCCUGAGCGAUUCUUGGCAGCCGAAAGCCACGAGCCAGCCCCGGAUCCACACACGUUCGUGUUUGGCUUUGGACGUCGCAUUUGCCCAGGGCGCAUUCUGGUCGACAACGCCUUGUAUCUCAACAUUGCGCAGUCCUUGGCGGUAUUCAACAUCAGCAAGAACAUGGAGGAUGGCCAAGGGGUUGAACGGAAGAUCCAGUUUACGCCAGGUGUCGUCAGCCACCCAGAGCCCUUCAACGCUGUGAUCGAACCGCGGUCUCCUCACCACGAGAAGUUGAUCCGGUCGAUUGAGUUCCCAUGGCAAGAGAGUGAUGCCAGGAUUCUAGAGAGCAUGAAAUACUAGAUAGAGUCAUCAUUGUCAUAUUAUGGAUGGACGGAUGGCUGGGUAGAUGGAUGACUUACUCUGCUGAGCUGACGGAUUCUGAGUGACUUCGACAAUCGAGUUCCCGUGAGAUACAAGACUAGGAAGAGCUGAUAUGAGAC